GGUCGCUGGUGGAGUCCGGCGCCCAGAGCGCGGGGUGAGGACCGCGAGGCCGCUGCGCCCGGCUCCCAGCCGCCGUGCGGCGCGCGUCACCAUGCUGCUCCCGCAGCUCUGCUGGCUGCCCCUGCUCGCCGGGCUGCUCCCGCCGGCGCCCGCGCAGAAGUUCUCGGCGCUCACGUUUUUGCGAGUCGAUCAAGAUAAAGACAAGGACUGCAGCUUGGAUUGUGGGGGCUCCUCGCAGAAGCCCCUCUGCGCGUCGGAUGGCAGGACCUUCCUGUCUCGCUGCGAGUUCCAGCGCGCCAAAUGCAAAGACCCUCAGCUAGAAAUUGCUUAUCGAGGAAACUGCAGAGAUGUGUCCAGGUGUGUGGCCGAGAGGAAGUACACCCAGGAGCAGGCCCGCAAGGAGUUGCAGCAGGUGUUCAUCCCGGAAUGCAACGAUGACGGCACCUACAGCCAGGUGCAGUGUCACAGCUACACCGGAUACUGCUGGUGCGUCACGCCCAACGGGAGGCCCGUCAGCGGCACGGCUGUGGCCCACAAGACGCCCCGGUGCCCGGGUUCCAUAAAUGAAAAGGUACCCCAACGGGAAGGCACAGGAAAAACAGAUGAUGCCACAGCUCCAGCGCUGGAGACUCAACCUCAAGGAGAUGAAGAAGAUAUCGCAUCACGUUACCCCACGCUUUGGACUGAACAAGUUAAAAGUCGGCAGAACAAAACCAAUAAGAAUUCAGCGUCCUCCUGUGACCAGGAGCAGCAGUCGGCCCUGGAAGAGGCCAGGCAGCCCAAGAACGACAAUGUGGUGAUCCCUGAGUGCGCCCACGGUGGCCUUUAUAAGCCAGUACAGUGUCACCCCUCCACCGGCUACUGCUGGUGCGUCCUGGUGGACACUGGACGCCCCAUCCCCGGCACAUCCACCAGGUACGAACAGCCGAAAUGCGAUAACACAGCCAGGGCUCACCCAACCAAAACAAGGGACUUGUACAAGGGCCGCCAGCUCCAAGGUUGUCCUGGUGCCAAAAAGAAUGAGUUUCUGACGAGCAUUUUGGACGCGCUGUCCACCGACAUGGUCCACGCGGUCUCCGACCCCGCUUCCUCUGGCAGGCUUUCCGAACCCGACCCCAGCCACACACUAGAGGAGCGAGUGGUCCACUGGUACUUCAAACUACUGGAUAAGAACUCCAGUGGGGACAUUGGCAAGAAGGAGAUUAAGCCCUUCAAGAGAUUUCUUCGGAAAAAAUCAAAACCCAAAAAAUGUGUGAAGAAGUUUGUCGAAUACUGUGACGUGAAUAAUGACAAAUCCAUCUCCGUGCAAGAGCUGAUGGGCUGCCUCGGGGUGACAAAAGAAGAAGCCCCUAGAGCUAAUGCUGAAAGCGCUUCUAAUAGACAGCCAAGGAAACAAGGAUAGUGACUCACACGUUCAAGGCGGUCCUAGACAUGUGGGAGACUCCCUCACCAAAAAGCAAUUAAAAAAACCAAAACACACAAAAAAAACAAAAACACAUAGUAUUUGCACUUUGUACUUUAAAUGUAAAUUCACUUUGUAGAAAUGAGAUAUUUAAACAGACUGCUUUAAUCUGUGAAAUGGAAGGGCUUCAGAAAACUAAUCACAUACAAUGUAUGUGUCCUCUUUUGACCUUGGAAAUCAGCACCUGGUGGAGAUGUGUUUUGAAUGGCUUUAAGCUUAAUUUCUGUAUCCUACACAUGUUGACAUAGUAGAAGUCUUAGCCACAGGCCCCGUGGUCCCAACCCUGUGCCUUCCUCCCCACCCAGGGCAGUCACUCCUAGUCACGCCACGUUCGCUUCCUUUGAGAUCCGCUGUGCCCGCGGCAUUUUUGAAUCUACGUCGGAAGCUUCCGUAGAAGUUUGCCACCUGCUGCAGUCCUCAUCAUGCCGCUAACAAGUGCAUGGAUUUGUUUGUUUCUUGGGAUUUUGUGUUAGUGUGUUUUGUUUUGCUGUCCAGAGAUCUUUUUCACGCCAUGAGUCACGCAACCACUAAGCCAUCUGGUAACUGGUAGGAAAGCCAUCUUUCCUGGUAGGAAAGACCAUUUGUCCACCUAUCUUUGAUGUGCUGCUUUUCUUUUCCAAGCUUCUGUUUGAGCUUUGCCCUGGGCUCGGAUUAAUCACGCCGGAAAGUUUAGAGAAUUACCCCGGCUGUCCAGAGGCAGCGUAAACAGGCAGUAGAUUUAGUCCUAGUGUGACCAUGCCUGUGCUUGUCUGCCUGGCUUCUUCUCUUACACAUGACCAUUACCCGUCCUACCCUGGUCCACUCUGGGGCCUACUGGAAGGUCAAAAGAUCACCUGAACCAAUUUGGGAUAUCCUCCUUAGAGAAGGCUCAGCCUGCAUAAGCUGUGCGCUGGACGCUCAUCUUGGCGGCCAAGGACAAGUGCCUACAGGCCCCAAGCUUCCUUCUCUCCUGAUGGCCUCAGGAAAUUUCACCUGAGUGGUGCUUGUGAGAACAGGGUCAGGAGCCGAAUGCCCACGCUGUGAGCAGCAGGACUGGCCCGUAGACACACCCAGCGGGCACCAGCGAGCGUCCCCAGGCUCGAUGGAGCCAUUUGGAGGAUGGGCCGAGGGCUGUGUGGGCCAAGUAGUGAUGCUGUUUCAGCUCCAAAUAACCUUCAUGGCCCCCAAUUCCCUAACACACGUCGUGUAAAAUGAUCUCUGUGCAUAUGCAUGAAGAUAUUUUAUGAGGCUUCUUAUUUAAACUGUGCGAAAGUAAAACCUGAAUCCUUGGAGCCACAAAACCAGCUUAAGUGUGUGUCAUCAUUGUUUAAGAAACAGUUAUGAUCCUAAAUUUAUUGGAUAAUCCUUUAUAUUUCUGAACUUUGAAUUUAAUCAUUUUUCUUAGAUUCAAAUAAAAUAUAUGCUAUCAAAA